AGAUGUACCCUGAACAACAGAUUGGAAUGCACGGAAUCUGUUAAAGGCUAUCUCUUUUUACUAACAAUUGGCGCCUUGGCGAAAGGGGUCACACACCUAGUUAUUAAAUAGAGACAGGUAAAUUAUAUACAGUUUUAUUCGGUUCUGAAACGAGUGUCACUACAGGGGAAGGUGCAUUCAGACGGGACCUGGUGGAACAUAGGAUUGGUUUCGCUUGCUGGUUACCCAUUUACUCUCCUCCUAGAGCUGUUCCAUCGUUGUUUCUACAGGGAACGGUCUUGUGUAUUCUGUAUGCUUGUUGAAAAGGAGUAUCAGCUCAGGAAAAAGGCUUCGUUUAUAAUCCAAUUUUACAUCAUUAUUCAAUCAAGAAAAGAGAAUUCUGAGAAGUGGACACAAUUUUAUAUUUCUGCAACGAAAUAAAAGCUGAGGUGACUAUUUACCUUUCUCAAAAUGUCAUCUGAUGACGAUCUGGAAAUACCGAAUGGCGACGUCGGAAUGGCCACAAAAGCGAGCAAAUCAACGUCACAUCACCCUAAAUACAACGACAUGGUGGUGACGGCUAUUAAGGCACUGGAUGAGAAGAAGGGUGCUUCCGUUAUUGCGAUUAAGCAAUGGAUCAUACAGAGAUACCCGGAGAUUGAUCAGAGCAGAAUGAAGAACCUACUUCGAAUGGCUCUCAAAAGAUGUGACGACUCGGGAGCAAUAGUCCGACCUAAUAAGAAAUAUGAAUCCAUGGGCACCAUGUUAGGGCGAUACAAGCUAGGUAAACCACCAAAACCAGUCAAGAAAGUCGUCAAAAAGAAGGCGGAGAAAAAGAAAGCGUCAGCGACCGGAAAAAAGAAGGUUCCCAAAUCUCCGGCGGGUAAGAAAGAUCGAAAGAAGAGCGAUAAUGACAUCUUUGAUUAUGAAGAUGACACGGAGGGCAGUGAUCCCGAUGGCGGAAGAACCCCUCCGCCUUACAGGAAAAACCCCGCCAAGAAGCAACCGGCUCACCGACCACGGUCAGCGAGCGCAAGUGCAACGCCAAAGCCGAGGGUGAGUAAAUCCAAAGCAAUACAUCGACGAAGUAAGUCCCAAUCUCCUGCUCCGAGUAGGUUCAAGAAGACAAAGAAACCAGCAUCUAAGUCCCCGGCAAAGAAACCAGUAUCGAAGUCACCGGCCAAUAAAGCAUCUUCACUGGCGAAGAAACCAAAAGCUAAAUCAGCAGUGUCCCCAGCAGCUACAGGAAAGGGGAAGACAAAAAAAACAUCUGCUAAAAAUAAGGAAAAGACGCCUACAAAGAAAGCUGCCAAGCCGACGAAGAAAAAGACAGUUAAGUAAAGUGUCCAACCUCCGCCCCCUAAAAAAAGGAUAUUGAAAUGAUUUGAAUCUCUUUGGGAACACCAUGACUAUUCAUUUAAAUUACCCCCCCCCCCACGAAAGUAACCUUAAAUAUUUUUUAAUGAUUAUAUCAGAGCUUCAAUAUUUAUCAAUUAUUGCAAAAGAUUAUGAUUAAUUGAUAUUAUGAUGCUCUUUUUCUUCUUUAUUAAGUCCAGGCUGCCGUGUAUGUGCACAGGAAGCCUGCUGCCAGCAGUUUAAAGUUAAUGUAUAUUCUAAUGCACUUAUGGGUAUUUUCUCAAAAGAUUGAUGCUUAUGCGUUUGGACAAUGAAAAAUUCAUGUGGAAUGAUGGAAACAUAAUAUUCUAUGAUCAUUAAGUAAACAUACUGCUUAUCGCUCAAAAAAUGAGAGAUAAUUGUGAAUAACAUUGAUCGUCGUGAGUAUUUGACUUAUCUUGUUGCAAACUGUCAUGAAUCGUUUAAUAAAAAGAAGGGCUACAUGUUUAUAUAUAUGUUUCGUUAAUUUUCAAGAAUUUUAUACCACUCUGCGUUCAGGGGAAAACUAAACCAAAAAUGUCGAUGUUAUCUUUUCUGAUUUGAUUAAGAAAUUAUAUAUUAAUGUAAUACUUAAUCUUCUCUUUGCAGUUCAUAAUUAUGACACACGCUGCAAAUGACUGAGUAAAACAAUUUUAAGAAAGGAGACAAACAAUACAUUCGGCAGACGGUAUCUAAAGUUCAGGAAAAUAUAUCACAUGUCUCAACAGUUCCAUAUCUGCUCUUUGAUAAAAGCAAUUACAUUGUUUUUAUAUUUUCAUGAAACACAUGCGUUUUUAUUAAUUGCCUACUAUAGCAACGGCAUGGUUAAAAAACUUUAUGCUUGGCUAGUUGGGACACUGGACUUCCCUUUGUACUACUGUCUGACAAAUGUCUUUGAUAUCCUUUCUUCAAAUUAUUUUACAUCCUGAUGUAGAGAUUGCAUCCUAGCUGCUAUAGCACCAAAUUAAAAUGGCGAUUCUAAGCUGUGCUAUGAUGGGCCACUAAUUAUAUUUGUGAUAAGGUUAUAAUGAUCAUCGACUUUUUCUUUUCUUGGACGCAAUGUAGAAAUUAUAUGAACGGAGUCGAUAUAGUGUAAGAUGAAUGCUCCCAAGUCUUUGAUUUAAGUUAAUUUUGGCUUACAUUUCACUUAAAGCGGUACGAUUUUUUUGAAAUUUUACUAUAAAAAAGAAUAGUUAGCUGAAGCUACCCUAAAUCAUGAAAAUACUUUAUAAUAUCAUAUAAUAUUUUCAAUGUUUCAGAUCUAUUGACUUUGUUGAAGAUUGAUCGUUACAAUGACCAAUAUUUACACGAUUUACUCAAAAUUGUACACUUAAAUAUGAAAUUUGACUUUUUAAAUAUGAAACGCUAGAAAUACCUUCGUCACCGACUGCUUUGAGCGACCAUGUUUCACAAAAUUUAACAUCAACCAUGUCAACUGCAAGUUACAAGAUGCUGUUUUCAUUAAAAAAAAUAGUUUUCAUUAGCCAAGAGCACAUAGGCCUAUGGGAAUUUGAGCAUUAUUUAAACAAUUGAUAUUUAAGUUUUGUGAAACAGAGCUCCGGUAAUUCACAACUAUAGUUUCUUGUGUUCUUGUCAUAUUACUGUAAUGUUCAGAUUUUUAUCGAACCUCUUUGGAAAAAUUUUAAACACUGUGAUUGUUGCGUUUUGUCUGUAUCAGUAAUAAAAUCUUUGUAAGUAAUUGUG